GAGAGUGAACGCUCCUUGCGAACUCUUUCCCGCUCCACGUGUAGCCAGCCGACCGCCACCAGCCGGUCUUACCGGGAAACUUCGACGAAGCCAAACCUUUGCGAAACGAAUCUUCUCGGCGCUGAUCUUGGUGUACUGAUACGUCUGAAGUCCUUCAUGGUUCUGUUCAUGACGACCGUUCAGUUCGAAAUGGAAAAUGAUAAGAAAUGAGGCGGUGUUGAUGCUUUUCUUGCACCAGGAAGGAAGAUGUAGCGUUAAUGUAACUAGUUUAGUCAUCGUAGCUUGAUUCUGAUCAAUUUUUUAUAGUAGUUUUGUUUAUACAGUGAUUGAAACAAUGCUAACUUGAAAAACAAGAACUGGAGGCAACGACAUGCCCCUUUUGAUUUCAUCUUGGCGGAAUAAUAAGCAUCCAAUAAAUGCAAAUAUCAAGAACAACAGAUUCCCAAACUAAAAGUGAAUUAAAGUGGAAACAAAAUCGUGCUAACAGUUGCUAGAAGUCUUUUCAUAAAGUUAUCUGGAAAUAAACUGAACUUUGAUCAUGAUCAUGAGUGGCCUUUAGGGUCACAACCAGAUUAAACCAGUGUGACCCAGUUUUGUUGCUUUCACUGAAACACGCUUCCGUCAAUCGGGUGUUACGCGUUAAAAUGGACCGACCUGUUGCAAAAUUAUUUUUUUCUGUGGUGAGUAUGAGAGGCAAAUUACCCGCAGGUAUUUGGAAGGAGGUUUUAUUAUUCUCAUCUUGACAUUUUGCAGCCGACAGAUUUUAUCGCUCCAGAAAUUAGGCUAAUUAGCGUUUUCUUGAAGCAGAAGAUCUCUGCGAGAGACAAAUAAGCGACUUCCACAUUAAAUGCCCAUUUCUUUUUUAGUCUUAUGUUUUUGAUGACGCAGGACGAAAACUUCAUACUUUUUGAUGAAACGAAAAACUGAAAAUACCGCAAAUUGUACAACUGGCGCUUCUGCUUAUAAACAGUCAUCUAUAGUAAACUUAAAAUGAAAGCCUAGAGCAAUAUCACUUUAGCAUUUGGUUAGAAAAAUAGGUCAAAGGAAUUGAAAGAAGGCCGCGUCCCCAAUAUACAGAAAGAAAUAAAAAGUUUGAUAAGCAAGAAAUUCACGGCCAACCGCAAAACAAAGCUUUCAUUGAACAUAGAUAAAAAAAAAAAAAAGCGUAAGAACCGUCUUCCUUAUUUUGGUCUUCCUACUCCAAAGAGAAAGAUAAAUAGCCAAAGGGAAAAGAGGUAGAGAGAUACGGAAAAGAAAGAAGAAACAGAGAGAGAAAAAAAGAUGGGCAAACCUCCAAAAUCAAGUUCCCCGCCGCUGGCGAGAAAGAUUCCAAUGAACUGCUGCUGUUGCUGCUCCUCUUCUUCAUCGAGGUCUAACGUCACCAUCGGUAGCAAGGUUCUCCUGUCGCUUCACUUCACUUUCCUGCUCCUCUUCUCAGGUUUAACGUCAGCUCAAGCCCAAAUGGCAAGAUUCAGCGGAAAAAUUGGCAAUGUGACAGUAACAGCAGGCCGAGAUGCUUCCCUUUCCUGUACGGUUGAGAACCUUGGGGACCACAAGGUGGGCUGGAUCCACCUGAAGCGGCAGAUGAUCGUGGCUGUCCACACUCGCAUGAUCUCGCGCAUCUCUCGCUAUAGCGUCACCCAUGAUUCGCACAAGACGUGGACGCUGCACAUCACUGGUGUGACGGAAGAAGAUGGUGGGUAUUACAUGUGUCAGAUCAACACGGAUCCUGCCACUUCCCAAGUUGGCCUCCUUCAGGUCGUAGUUCCACCAAACAUCGUCGACGAGGACAGUAGUAAGAGCGAGAUCCAGGUUCGGGAGAAGGCGGACGUGAGUCUGAAGUGCUCAGCGGAGGGAUCUCCUGAACCUCGCAUCAUGUGGAAGAGGGAAGAUGGUGCCAUGAUUGUGACUAACACCAGGAGUCCAGAGCCCAUUCAUGAUGGUCCUACACUAGUCCUGAAGGAAGUAAGUCGGACACAAAUGGGACAUUACCUUUGUAUAGCUUCCAACGGGGUUCCUCCCUCAGUUAGCAAACGCAUUACUCUACAUGUGCAGUUUCCGCCUCAAAUUCAUGUCCCAAACCAACUGGUUGGAGUCCCUAUUGGAAACAAUGUCACGAUAGAGUGUUUCAUCGAAGCAUACCCAAAGGCUAUAACUUACUGGGUGAAAAAGGACAUGAUGUUACUGAAUUCAGAUAAGUACCAUGCAGAAAUAAUCGAGGACUUCUACAUGAUCCACAUGCAGCUUACUAUCUACAACUUCUCUCGGAAUGAUAACACGACCUACAAGUGUGUCGCCAAGAACUCCUUAGGAGAGACAGAGGGCGACAUCAAAUUAAACGAAAUCUACAUGCCACCCAAAGCUAAAGAAAUACGAAGUGAAAAUUCCAAAACUGAAGAUGACGAAGUGAUUGCCCAUCACGAUGAACAUAGGGUGGUCGAUCCCGCCAGGGGGGGUCACCUCUACAGGUCCUCCAACGCAGGGCCACAACCAUCGCACCCUGAAACCCAUGAUCUUAAUGGCGCCCUGCAUGUGACUGUAUUGUUCAUAAAUCCACUUCCGUUACUGCUCAUCUGCUUCGGAAUACAGUUUCUUUCCUGCUGAUAAAAUAGAAGACCAAAAUUACUCUCUUCUCUAGGAAUUGUGAUCUUUAUAUUUUAGGGAAAGAAUGUAGCGUUUGGAGCGCUUAGUGCUGCUACACCAGUUACUGAUUUUAUCUUGUAAAAUGCUGGCAUCGACUUCUGCUUAUUUGUCCUUCCACAUCAAGUGAAAUAUGAAUAACCCAUCGUCAGUCAUUAAUAACUAUAAUUUUCUAUCGCUAGUUACCAGAGGUAGCAGUUAGCUUUUCAUCUGUAGGAUUUUCACACACACGCGAUAUGUACAUUUUACCCUUCUCAUCGUGUGACGUGAAGGACCUGAAAAUGAAGUAAGCAUUGUUAAUGGGAAAGCGGAACAGCACCUUCUGAUAAACGGUACUCAGCGAAAAGACUGCAGUCUGACCAAGUCAUUACUUGUAUAUACACAUGUAGACUACUUCACACGCAUACAUUUGUUUGUUUAUAAGCUUAUGUAUGUGUUUAUGACCAAAACUGCAGUAUGGAAAGGCUAAAAGUCAGACGGAUUCAGGAUGAAAGAAGAAGCAGAUUUAGUAGAUGCAGAAUAGACUACCUCCAUGUAACCUCACAGGAAAUAACCUAGUUCUAGAUUUCAACUUUUCCAAGCUUUUAAAAGUAAGUGAACAUUUAUAUCAAAGGUUUUGGGUUAGAUCAUUAUUUUAUCUUUCAUAUAAUUGUAAUCGCAUUUUCUUCAUGUCACUGUUGUUUACAAACAGGUUUCUUACCUAUAUUUCUGCGACAAUAAUCUCUCUCUCUCUCUCUCUCUCUCUCUCUCUCUCUCUCUCUCUCUCUCUCUCUCUCAUACAUACAUACAGGUCAGUCGAUCAGGUAGUGAAAACUUCAGUUUCCUAAUCUCAUAUUUUUAUUAGACAAAAAAAAUGGGAGAUUGAUUUAUACAGUGAUAGUUACUGAUGAAAGGCCUCUAUAAAAGCAGUAUCAAGGUAUAAUGCUGCAUUAAAACGCUGCUCUUCUCUCUAUAUAUGGGGAUCUAUUUAUUUAUAUAUAUUAAACAAUAACUGUAUCUUUUCACAUAUGUAUAUAUUUAUUAGCAAAAUCCAU